UUUUUUCUUAGAACUCAAACCUCUCUCUGUAAUCGAAGCAGCAAAAUUCAUAAAGCAUUAUAUUCUACCACUUAUUCUUCAAAAAUGUAAUUCUUGGAAUAAUUUAAUGUAGGACUUGGAAGAAACCUUUGAAAUUAUGUAAUUGAGAGCUGUCCUCUUGCACUAUUAUUGCAUAUGUAAUGCACAGGUUUGAUACACAGAAUACAUAUAAUAGUUCAAAAGAGGGAAGAAAACAGUGGUGCAUGUACUUGGAAGACACUCUGUCCUCCUUUAUACCUGCAGCCUGGCCUGUUUAAUGUUUUCAUUGCACAAUUCCCUUUGGUGCUCUUCCAUUUCUUUGUAAAUUAUGUAAAGCCUAUCUUUCCACAAAAAUAAAAACUUUUGCUCCUGAAAGUCUCUGUGAAAAGGGCAAAAGGAGACACUAUAGAGCGGAAAACAUAUUUGGAAACCCUAUAUUUGACAAAGAACUCUAGCUAGGAUAUAUAUGUAUAUAAACUCAUAAAACUCAACAGUAAAAAAAAAAAGAAAGCCAAUCUGAUUAGGAACUGAGCAAACGACGUCAAGAUACAUUUCACCAAAAAGGAGGUACAGGUGACAAGUAAAAAUAAGCACAUGUGGACACUCAUCACAGAGAAACGAACACUCAACUCCACACUAAACCCUGAACAACAAUGUUCAUAGGCGGGUUACAGACUGUAAAGAACCUUACAUUCAUUGACACAAGUGGCUAAACUACGGGCCAUACUUCCACGCCAUGAAAUCCUGUCUUGGAAGGGUCUCAGGAACGUUAGGCUGAGUGGCCGAAGCCUAUCUCAAAAAGUUACAUACUCUGUGAGUCUGCUUAGCGUUUUGUAAAUGACAACAUGAUAGAAAUAGAGAACAAACAGAUCAGUGGCUGCCAGAGGUUAAGGACACUGGGGAGAGGGGUGUUGGGUGUGACUGGAAGGGCAGCACCAUGGCUCUUUGUGAUGACGGAGUUGCUCAUUGUCUUCGUUGUGGUGGUGGUGACACAAAUCUAUGCAAGUGAUAAAAUGACAUAGAACUAAACACACUCACUGUGCUAAUGUCAAUUUCCUGGUGUUGAUAUUGUACCAGAGUUCUGUGACAUAAUCACAAGGGGAAACUGGACCUCUCUGUACUAUUUCUGCAACUUCCUGUGAGACUACAAUUAUUUCAAAAUAAAAUGUAAAAAGAAAAAGAUAGACCCAGACAUCAGACCCGUGCUUUCCAGUAGCCACAGGUUGCUUUUAUAAUUUAAAUUGAAUUAAAAUACAGUGACUUUCAGUUCCUUGGUCACACAAGCCAUAUGUGACCUUUCCAGUGCUCAUGUGGGUACCUUAUUAUUUAGCACAAAAAAAUGUACUUUCCUGUCUCCCCAGAAAGUUCAGUAGCUGUGUUGUGUAGACAAACCCCGCUGCUGUUCUGGUUGCCGUAUAUGUGGGUACCUACCCAUUUCUUAGUCAACUGUCUUACGUUUCUAAGUCAAAUGAUGAUAGUCUGUACUAGUAAAAUGUAAAUAGAAGUGUAUUUAAUACUUUUUAAAGUAUCAUAGUUGUUGAGGCUGUAUCCCAAAUUUUAAUAAAAGAAGUAAAUGAAAUAUUUGCUUCAUGUUUGAAAUAGGAAUAGUUUUGUUCCCCUUAUUGGCCAAGGCAGUGCAGUUUCUUUCCAUUAUCACAAUAAAGAAUAGAUAGGAAAUGGGCAAAAUAAAGGGGAUGGAUAGGUAGGGGAAAGAGAAGUCAGCGUGAAACAAAUUGUAAAUAUCCUAUACUUUUCGUUAUUUUCUGUUUCUUAGUGACCGGCUUACCAUUGCAGAGGAAGCGUGGUUUAGCAACCAGACGUUAAACCAGAAUUAUAUUUCUGGCUCAAAGUGACCUUGAGGAAGUGACAAAUUUACUCUUCUCAGUCUCAUAGCCAAUAAGCAAAUUAAGAUCAAACUGACUAUUGCUUGGGUGGACUAUGGGAUGAGUCAUUCUAAAAUGAUCUUACUGUUUUAGGUUAUUGGUAAACCUCUUUGCUUACAAGUAAUUAAAUACAAAGUUUUGAGAAAUUCAAUUUUAUUAGAGUCAGCUGAGGUGGAAAGAAGGUUUACCACAUAUGAACACUUUUAGAUUUGGAAUUUAGGGGUUAAAAACAACAAAAGUCAGAACUACAGUAAACAUUGUUCUUAAUCCAUCCCAGGUUAAUAAUUUUGAGAAAACUUUGGGAUGGAAGGCAGACAUUUUGCAUUUUAGAUAUCAGGUUUUGAAGUGAAACAGUUCAGGGUUUGAAUUAUAGCUCUGCCAUUUAUUCUCUGGGAAAGUUAUUUGACUUUAAUCCUCAGUUUCACCGUCUAUAAGCUGGGCCUAAUACCACCUUUUUGUUAGGGUUGUUAUGAGAAGUGCACAUAACGGUUAAAUAUACAGCUGUAGUAAUUAUUCAUGGUAAUCGUUUUAUUGAGACAUGGAAUUGAACGAUGGUGGUGGUAGUGGCUGAUAAACAGUUUUGUUACUCUCCUUUUAUAAUUCAGCCACAUAAUAAUUUGGGGAGGGGGUACUGAUUUUAGCUUGUAACAAUUGGUUGAUACUGUGGUUCCUAAAGCCAUUCUCAUAUAUUUGAAUAUGUGUAUGUGACUAAAUUGAUCAAAAUCACUUGUUUUAAAGCCAAGGGGGAUAAAUCUGUUUUUAUAAAAUCUAGCAGACUAAAAUAUAGGGAGCAAAGUAAAAAAAAGAAAACCAACAUUUAUGAGAGGAAUUUUAUUCCAGUGUAAAUCCUGCAUCAUUUCUACAGCUACACCCACAGUAACUGAAUGAACAGCAAAAAGGGUUAGUUAACCGUAAGAUAAAUAAAAAUUUACAACAUGCAAUUUCAGAUUAUCAGGAAGAACUCCAUAUGAAUUUUCUUUUUCCUUGCCUACUGAACUGCUGAAACUUUGAGAAAGAGGUCAAGAACUCUAUAACGUCUUCCUACGUUGGUAGACAGUGACCGCAGUGGAGGGCGUGAGCUCUUGGUAAUAUGGGUGAAUGUUGAACCACUGUGUUGGGUAUGUGAAACCAUCAUAAUACUGUAUAUCAAUGAUAUUUUAAUGAAAAGAAAAGAAGAGAAAAAGAGGCCAAGAACUUGAGCCAACAUACUCAUGAGGAUCCUUGUGGCCCUUGUACAUGGUAGUGGAGCAGGACGGCCCCAGUUUGAGCUGGUAGUUCCCUGGCGUGCGGUCAGUUUGAAGUUUCCUGCUGUACUCCUCUGAGCUACAGAAAGGGAACCAGAAAUGCUGACAUCCCCGUUUGACUUCAUCACUGGUGCCUGAGCACAUACACCAGCGCUUCCCGUGCAAAACCUACCCGGACUCUGCAGAGGGCACCCCAGCCCUCAGCUGAUCUGGGCAGGGUGGUGCUUGGAGUGGUGAAGUUUGGAAAGCAGUAGCCCACUGUCGGAUACCCCCAGGCGAUGUGAACGUGCAGUGUCUCCUUACAAUGUCUUUCACUUCAUAGGGGUCCCUUUCAAAGGUUAUAAUAACAUUCCCUGAUGGCAUGUGAUUGUUGCAGGCCAGUGACGUGCUCUUCAAAUCACCACUCUGCAAAGGCAUUAUACUGAAUAACAGCAUGUUUAAGAAAGAACUAAUCUAAAAAUACAGUGCCUCAGAAAUUGUACUAAAAAAUCGAUCAGAAGAUCUGAAAUAGAGGUAGCUUGUUUCCCUAAUAUCAGUGUGGCUGUCUGUAUCUAUCCUGCUUUAACGUUCUCAGCCUCGGUUUUCUUAUCCAUAAAGUGGGAGGGUUUCUGAAUUUCUAAGACUUUGUGAUUUUAGUGUGUGCUCCUCCGUGCUUCCACUUGUUGGUUCAUAAGCUGCAUCGAAUGUUUAUUUUAGUCUGCCCAUCAGAAUCUCCCCGAGUACUGUCAAGCGCUUUAGGUAGUAGACUAUUUUCAAUUUGUUAUUCUUUCAGAGACAGAGUAAUUUGAAGAAGUGAUAUUGCAAAACUGAACUGAGUCUUGACAUUAUAUACUUCAGGUCUGACUACAACCUCUAAACGUCACGUGAAAGGGAAAUUAGAAUUUGGGUUAUAUGUGAAUGUUGGGUCCCUGUGAUGAUAAACCCUUAAGAUUUUUGAGAAGUCUGUGUUAUGUGAUGUAUUAACAGAACCAUUGACUUGCAUCAGUAAUUUUCUCUUAACAAACAUGACAAGGAUGAGAAGUUUGCUCAUUGGUGCCUGUCCUCCCUUAAAAUCCUGAUGUGUUUCUAUAAAGUUUUGGGAUUGAUAACCGGGGAAGGAAAUAGAAAGCCCUUUUGCUUUCAUGGAGAUGGAUUGCUUCACCAUGGUUUUACUGUUCAACAUUUCUUACGACUUUCUAAUGACCGUGAAAAAAAUCAUAAGCUAAUUUAAGAACUAAUUUUAAAGGAUAGUUUAUUGUAAAUCUAAAGGCUGUAUAACUACAGUAAAAUCACAUGUCAUUGGCCCCAUCCUUCCCAUUCCACCACAGUAUUCUAGAGCUCUCUCACCAGUUUUGAAAUACCUUCAUGGAAUUUUGAAAUGUAUUACUUGCGUAGCUCUUUGAGGCUGCUUCAGUGCUGGAAGAAGAGUUAUGAAAGACUCUGCACUUCCCAUUCUUUAGUUCUUCACCGUAUCAAGCAGAAGGUGUGCGCGCUUCUGGUUCCAGCUACAGAAUGCCUGCCGAUGUUACCCACAAGUCAUAGAUCCAGAUUUAUUCUUCCAUAAGCAGGAAACAAGUAUGAUUAAUUGGAAGAGUAAAAGGCUUUGCUGGACGUUGUUUGAAAGGAAUCCUUUAUGGGGGUCUGCAGCAGUACCUGUCCAAAGGUCCCUUUUGUCCCGCCUUGUUUGACAAGCAGCACAACCACACUGCUUGAUGAGAAUGUAUCUGAAGAAGAGGCUCAGGGAAUAAAUGGAAAUACUCCAGCAAAACGCGCGGCUGCAAAUCCGAAGCCACAAGUGCCUCCAAAGCCAUUACAUCUGCAGAAUUUACCUUCGUCCAAUAUACACCAAACCCCCAGGUAUAAAGCUUUAUCUAGUGCAAAACCAAGGAUGGAGGAAGUUAAGCCUGACUCUGCUUCUUGUGUCUCAAAAGAAAAACCCAGUAAGGUAUCAGACCUCAUCAGUCGCUUUGAAGGAGGCAGCGCAUUAUCAAAUUACAGUGACUUGAAGAAAGAGUGUGCUGUGAACCUGAAUGCUCCUUGGACCCCGGGAAGGCAUGGAUUGGUGACCACGCCUCAGCAGAAACCCCCCUCCCAGCGCCCCCACCAGAGGCAGGGAGAUGAGACCGAGCCGCAGGGUGUGCAGACAGGGGUGGCCAACGGUGUGACGGCAGCGCAGAACCAGAUGGAAGACGAGGACGGUAACGCAGCCCCUCGGAGCCCAGAUACUCCUCCUGAAGGCUUGCUCAGCGCAGCCUUAGUGAAUGGAGACAGAUCCGUGACUGCCCCCGGCCCUGCGUCGCCCGCAGCGAGCGACGGUGCUGGAAGCGCCCGGGACGGUAGCUGGAGGACUGCAGGUCCGGGCGCAGCACCCCCCCUGGAGGAAGGAGGGGCAGACACAGAAGCCAAGGCGCAGGAGGGGGAAAACGGAGAAAGCCCUCUCGACCCGGACCAGCUGGACCAGCACCAGGAGCUGAAGGAGACAAAUGAGCAAAAACUUCACAAAAUAGCCAAUGAACUGUUGCUGACGGAAAGAGCCUACGUCAGCCGACUUGACCUCUUAGAUCAGGUGUUUUAUUGCAAACUAUUAGAAGAAGCAAAUCGAGGGUCAUUUCCAGCAGAGAGUGUGAAUAAAAUAUUUUCUAAUAUUUCAUCAAUAAAUGCCUUCCAUAGUAAAUUCCUGUUGCCAGAGCUGGAGAAACGAAUGCAAGAAUGGGAAACUACUCCUAGAAUUGGCGACAUCCUUCAGAAAUUGGCGCCAUUCCUUAAGAUGUAUGGAGAAUAUGUGAAGGGAUUUGAUAACGCCAUGGAAUUGGUUAAAAACAUGACAGAGCGUAUUCCCCAGUUCAAAUCAGUAGUUGAAGAAAUUCAGAAACAGAAGGUCUGUGGGAGCCUGACUUUGCAGCAUCAUAUGCUUGAGCCUGUUCAGCGGAUUCCCCGGUAUGAGAUGCUCCUUAAAGAUUACCUAAGGAAACUACCACCUGAUGAUCCAGACUGGAAUGAUGCUAAAAAAUCACUUGAAAUUAUAUCUACAGCAGCAAGCCAUUCUAAUAGUGCAAUAAGAAAAAUGGAGAAACUAAAGAAACUCUUGGAGAUUUAUGAAAUGUUGGGAGAAGAAGAAGACAUAGUAAACCCUUCAAAUGAACUAAUAAAAGAAGGACAGAUCCUCAAACUAGCUGCUCGGAACACAUCAGCACAAGAACGCUACCUUCUCUUAUUCAACAACAUGUUGCUAUACUGUGUGCCAAGAUUCAGCUUGGUGGGCUCCAAGUUCACAGUUCGAACCAGGGUCGGCAUUGAUGGAAUGAAAAUCGUAGAGACUCACAAUGAGGAGUAUCCACACACUUUCCAGGUGUCUGGGAAAGAGAGAACCCUGGAACUGCAAGCCAGUUCUGAGCAAGACAAAGAAGAAUGGAUCAAGGCCCUUCAAGAGACAAUUGAUGCUUUCCAUCAGAGGCACGAAACCUUCAGAAACGCAAUUGCAAAGGAUAAUGACAUUCACUCAGAGGUUUCUACUGCUGAGCUAGGGAAAAGAGCCCCACGGUGGAUCCGAGAUAAUGAAGUAACGAUGUGUAUGAAAUGCAGAGAGUCCUUCAACGCGCUGACGAGGAGGCGACAUCACUGUCGAGCAUGUGGAUAUGUGGUUUGUUGGAAGUGUUCUGAUUACAAAGCUCAACUUGAGUAUGACGGUGGCAAGUUGAGCAAAGUUUGUAGAGACUGUUACCAAAUAAUAAGUGGAUUCACAGACAGUGAAGAAAAGAAAAGAAAAGGAAUUUUGGAGAUUGAAUCAGCAGAAGUGUCUGGGAACAGUGUGGUCUGCAGCUUUCUUCAAUAUACGGAGAAGUCAAAACCUUGGCAGAAAGCUUGGUGUGUGAUCCCCAAACAGGACCCCCUCGUGCUGUACAUGUACGGCGCCCCCCAGGAUGUCAGAGCCCAGGCCACCGUCCCCCUCCUGGGCUACACUGUGGACGAUAUGCCGAGAAGCGCAGACCUGCCCCACAGCUUCAAACUGACCCAGUCCAAGUCUGUGCACAGCUUUGCCGCAGACAGUGAGGAGCUGAAACAGAAGUGGCUCAGAGUCAUCCUUUUAGCUGUCACAGGUGAGACGCCAGAUGGCCCUGCCAAGCACCCGGACGCCUUGGAUGACCAUUCUGAACCAAAAAAGUAUGAACCCAAAAAAUCAGAAUGGUGAACCCCAAGACCAGCCACAGUGUGGGGGGGAGUCUCAAGAUUUACAGCUCAAGACAUUCCCAGCUCUCCUUACUCAUCUCUUAGCACUUUAUGUUGAAAAAUACAGGCUCAUAAAUGCAUCUUUUGGGGGUCCACUUCCCCAUGUUUCUGUACUCUUAUGGAAUGAAUGCGCAGAGCCAUCCUGCCACUCAAAGUUGGAAAUAAUGUGAAAAAUGGAGCAGUUUGUAACGAGCUCUUCCUUGAUGGUGUCCUUUCUGUCUUGAAGAUAGUGGUGACAAUUGAUUCUGUCAUGAUCAGGUUAGGGUAGCCCACUUUCAUUUAAGAAAUCCUUUACUGUCUUCUCUGUCACAUGUAGAACUUGUAAUGUUUGAAAGAUAUACCUCCAUGUUGCCAAAAUAGACGCAUGAUUAAAAAAAAUACAGGGACAGUUUAGGCUAUUGUAUUAACUUAUUUAAUUUAGUUCGUAAAACUCAAGCUGCAUAAAAACGUGUUCCUUUAAAACAAAAGAUAAAGGGCAGAUUGUUGGUGUUCAAAUUUUUGACUUAUUAAAAAAAAAGAUAAUAGUUGUUUUUGUAGAAAUACUCCUAAGAAUAAAAUAUCUUAAGUAUAUAGCAAUUAUGUGUAUAUAGCAUUAAAUAUAAAUAUAUAUACAUAUAUAUAUACUAUACAUGCUUUUCUCUUCAGCUCUAGGUUCCUAUUUGUCUCUAUAAUUUAUUUUUUAAAUAUAAAGCAUGUUUCAUCUGGGGACUGAACAGUGUUCUAAACUUAAGAAAUGUUUUUGGUGAUUUAUGUUUAACUGAUCGACAUCUUAAGGGUAUUGAUAUUUUUAUAAUAAGAAAAAGCAGGAAUUUAUGUGGCAUGGGAUAUAUUAGUUCCAACAGUAUUUUUGAAGUACUAUUUUUUUGUUCUGUGCCUAUUUAAAACAGUGCCUCUUUUUGAAGGUGCUAAUAAUAACCUAUUUAAAUAUAAGAUGAGGGUUUAAUUAUUGCUUCAGUCUUGAUUAUUAUGAGAUAAUAAUAUGCAUAUUCUGAGAUACAUGAGAUGAUCAAAGUUCAUACAGGUUGUUUUAUCUUUCACAAUCCUAUAAUUGUUGCAGCGGUUAGUAUCAGCACAUAUAAAAAUUCCUACCAAAACCUGAACUGUACGAAAUACCUGACCUUAUGCAGAACUGGGACAUAUGGAAACUACAUUUAUUGUAAGAUUUUAUUUCUCCAUAAGACUGUUGAGUAUGACGAAAUGAGGACUAUAUAUAAUGAGCACUUCAGAUGACUGUGUGGGCCUUUCCUUUGCUAGAUCUGAAACAAAAUCACAUGUGAGACCUGUGUUUGAGGCAGUUGGCAGAUAUUGAAAGAAGUGUAUGCUCAACUGUUUAAACCACCUCAGUAAAGAAGAGGAGGGUAUGCAGUACUGAAAAGCAGUAUUCUCCUGGCAGGUUUGGGGAAGGUACAAGAUGAUUGAAGAGAUUCUGAGCUCUUCUCUCCCCUUUACCAUCUGAGGGAUUUCAAUAGAAAAAAUACGAUUUCUUGCAUGAAGGUUGCCUUUCAGUGUAUUGGUAGUUGAGAUUAAAAUCCCACAUUAAGUUGGCUGUUUAACUUAAUCCUUCUCUCAGAUGAGGUUUUUUCCCCCACGUACCCUGUCAUGCCUCAAACAGUAUCAUUUCUCAGUACUUCAGUCUCCCAGAAAUCCACAAGAAUGAUCCUUUGCCUUUGAGGUUUACACCUUCAGUGUAAAAUGGAUUCACUCAGAACUUGAGACUGUCAUGCUUUAUCAGGCCCUGUUGGUUGAAGAAAUAUUUGGAAUCUCCUUUCCCCCACCCCCAAGGAGCAGGUAUACUAAUUAUGGCUGGCACCAGGUCUUCCUCUGUGAAAGGAAUAAUACCAGCCAUGAUCGUAAAUUAACAUUAAACCAAAUACUUGGAGCCAAAAAAGAGAUGAAGGAAGCUUCUUAGGCCCUAUUAAAUCAGAGACAGACUAGAAGAAAUGUUUACGUUGCUCCUCUUUCCGAGUGGCUAGCUGGGUGUGUGCACCGCGUGUGUGUGCAUGCACGGAUGGCUGUGUAGGAGGCUAAGUGUAGCCAUACAUGAUGCUCUGGUUUUCUUAACCUCAAGAAAAGAGGAGCAAUAAGAAUGUAGAACGGUUAUCAGGAGAAGAUGACUUUCGUACAUGUGGACAGAACAAUGGGAAUGGAAGGGCCAGGUAGAAGGUUUAUGGGCCAGAUUAUUUCUGAAAACUCUUUCAGACUAGAAGACUCCACUUUCCACUGAGUUCUUCUCUUAGGGUGGACACAAGUUUUGGCUCAGGACAUUACCAGUGUUAUUUAAUUUAGAUUAUUGAAAGAAUAUUUGGGUAGCGAGAAUAAAUAGUAUCAUGAUUUUAACUUUUAUUAUCUUCAAAAAAAACCAGAAAUAUUUGCACCAGGAGAGAAUUUCUGGUUACCCAGUAACCAUCUUCACGUUCCACUCCUUGUUCUUUAGACAAACACAAAGGGAAGCAAUGAAACAGCCUUACCUGUUUCCCUCAAAGAACCACCAAUGCUCAUGCUUGGAGGAGGUUAAAGGAACCUCCUCAUCGUUUAGUGAGCCCUCAACUAAAUCAGAAGGCCCCAAGGGGUGAUGGGUCACAAGAAUUAGCUAUGUCUUCCAGUUGCUGAGAUAUCUGAGCAGUCAUGACAAACUGAACCUAAAAAACUAAUGGAUUGCCUUCUUUCUUUCUCAAACCGGCUUUCCAUAUGGGUCUUUCUCUUUACUUUUUCUAAUUUGGUGCUUCCAAGUCAUCUUUAAAGUGCCCUUCCUCCAAACUCAAAAAGUACUUCUUUGAUAAAAGUUGCUAUUCAUUACAAAACGUUCCAAUUUUUUAAACUUAAAUGUCACUUCCAUUGGAAGUCUGCCAUUCGGUAUAUUAAGUACAAAAUGUAGUGCAGACCAAUCUCCAGGUUUUAAGUGGGACUCAGCAAUGAAGGAUGCCACCAGCCACUUUUGUAAUAAUGGCAUCUACAGUGCCAUCAUGUAUGCAAGCAAUAAAACUCUUCAGGGUAUGUUUUUAUAUUGACAAUUUUAAUAUGGAUGCCUGUAGCCACAAGCAUGUAGAGAAUUAACCUCUCCAGAAGUGAUCCUGUAAUUCAGAAUGCUGAGCAUAAGGUGGAGAAGGUAGGGGUGGAGGGAGGCAUUAUUCCUUGGAUUCAAAUAACUAUCAAAAGCAUUUUUACUUCUGAAAAGGGUGUGGAUGGUGAACCAACACAUCUGCACUACUUACCAAGCUACGUUUAGUUUUCCACAAACUUUAACACAGCAUGCAGGUUGGUGUACUCAUCUUCACUGGGUGACCUAAACCCAUUUUUUUUAAUACCCCGUUUUUAAAAAUUACCAAACUUUUUGCAAGAACCAACCUUUUCAGUGUACCCUGCUCCCAUAUAUAGGUGUACAUUUGGAUUUUUUUAAAAAAUACUUGUUGUAGCCCUAAGUAUAUAAAAACUACAAACUUCACAGUAUUACAGGGCUGUUGAAGAUCCGCUGAUGCCUUCUGAAACCUUAUAACAAAAAUAUGUCUGCAAGUUCACGAUUCUGUUUCUCUCGUCUACUUUGUGGAAACAGGGUUUAUUUUGUUUUGUUUUCCCUUCAAAUAUUGGAUCUCAUUUCUGGUUAUAUUCAAAGCCUUAAGUUCUUACUCUGAGCAUAUUGUCUGUGAUAACUGUAAUAAUGAUUUUCUGAACUGGAUAUAUCCGGAGCAAAGAGCACUGAUAGGGACAAAUAAACAUCUCGGGAACAAAGGUCUUUAUUGUCAUUGCUGCAGGUACCCUUGCUAUAAUGCUAUAAUAGAAGAUUAAUUAAAAUUCCCAGCAUCACAUGAUGUUUGUGUUAGCGGGUCUAAAAGUAAGCACAUUAUAUUUAUAAGCUAAAAUUAAAAGGCAAGAGGGCCUUAAUGUUUUUAUUCUCAAAUUUUGUAUUCUUGUAGAAUGUAUUAAUAGGGAAACUGCGCUAACCGGUUCUUAGGACUGGGUCAACAUCCAGAGUAGAUCGUGUUACUUCUCAUUCUCAUCCAAUUUUAAUAGGAACAAAUUGCUUUUUAUUGUCAUAUUGCUGUCUACGAUAGAUUCUCCAGACUUAGAAAAUGUAAGAUAUAUGUAAAAACACUAUUGAUUUCCAAUUCUGUUUUUCCACAGGAAUGAAAUUUUUAAUAGAAACUGGUCUUUUUAACUAUUUUAAUAUAAGUGUACUUGGAUUUUUAGUAUCAUUCAUUCUGAUGUAUGCCCCGUGAUCAUACUGUCACGAGGCUAUAACUUUGCUUCCUUCACUGACACGGUAAAGAGGGAUAAGGUUAGGGACUGAAACAGGCAAGAAUGAGCAGAAAGGCGAGGUGGACAGAAGGAGACCAGAGCUGGAGCAAUGUAAAGAGAAAAAUCCUUAAAUUGCAGAAGGAAUUUGAACUCUAAAAUAUAAAUCUGUAUCACUGAAUACCGGUAGGACCUGUUGCACCAGGCCUUUGCCUCGGCAUCUCAGUUAUUCCAUUGGUGUCUUGUCAUCCCUUCCUUUUCCUUGAUGCUUAAAAAAAAUUUUUUUUUUCAUUCAGUUGGGCCAUUUUUUGCACUGUUUGCUGAGAUUUUUUUUAAAACCCUCAAAAGUCAAUCAUGGUCUUCUAACGUUUUGGACUGAGUAUUUGGCAAAAUGCAAUGUCUUUUCUGGUUUGAGAUGAAGUAGCACAUGGCUUCUCAAGAUAGUUCGUGACAUGUUGGGUCCCUGAGAGUUACGUGACGGUAUACCCCUUCCUAAAAUUCAUUCUGAUAGAUUUAGUGGGAAGUUAAAUCAAGAAGUAUAACUGUAGCAUAUUUUAAGUGAAACCAAAUACAUAGAGUGAUAUAUAGAGGUUUGGGAAGAAGUGUCAUAGAGUAUCUGGGGACCAUUAUAACAGAAUUGCAUUAUAUAUUACACAUUAUGUGGGUGUUGGAAUGUAUCACUUUGGGGGAGGGCCUCCACGCAUUAGCAAUCAUGUCUGAAUAUAAAACAUUUUUUAAAAACCAAACUAGCAUUUCAUUUUAUGAGUGACAAUUGACUGAUAAUUUUGAGUAAGUGUUAUCUGGAUUUUUGAAUUGUUGACUGAUCAGUUUGAAAAGGUGUGUUAUCAGAAUUUUCGAGUUAACUCAAAUGUGAAAAAGCAUACACGAAAAGUAAUUUUUCUUUUCUAGCUAUAUGAAUGUAAAAUACUUUGCAUAUAGUGUAUAUAUUGUGUAACAUAUGUAUAUUUGGUCAAAGGCAUAGAAUUGGAAACUGUAAAAUUAAGCACUUUAAUUCCUAUUAAAUGUUAUGCAUUUGUAUCUUGUAAAUAAAUACAUCCUUAAAUGAA